AUGGGAGUUCUGGUGUUGGCGAGUUUGUUAUGCUUGGGGUCGCUGUCAGUAACCGCUUUUCCUCAAGGCGCCCCAGCUUUAGAACCUCUAACCUACUACACCGAUCCUACGAAAAACUUCGACCAAGUCAAAGCCAUCUCCGUCGAGCAAAGCGUAGCACCAGACGGCCAAGUAUCAGCCACCAACUAUCAACCCUACAACGCUAAACACUACCACUUCACAGCAGACGACGCUACCGAUCGCUAUGGAUCCCCGCUCCAACAGUACGGAGGCUACACGUACGAAAUCGUCGGUGACGAUCACGAGAAGGCUCAGGAGUUCUCCUCCAUAGAGCAGGAUUCUGAAACCUACCAGGAUGAAGAAUUUCAGGACGAAGGAAAGUUCGGCGACACCACAGGCUAUAAGCACUACAACACCCACACCAGCUUCAACCUGGAAGGCCCGAAACAACUGGAACAAAUCACCACCCACAGCUACCAUAAAGAAGUCGAACCGUACGACACCACCGACUUCCAGAGCCACGAUCACCAAAGCCACAAGCACCACGAGGAGGAGGAACACGCCGAAGUCCACUACCACCAACACAAGCACCUGCACAAGCACCAGCACAAGCAGGAGCACGUGCACAAGCACAAGAACGAGCACAAACACGAGCACGAGCACAAGCACAAGCAGGAGCAUCACCACAAGCACAAGCACGAGGAGCAGCACAAGCACAAGCAGGAGCACAAGCACAAGCACGUGCACAAGCAGGAGCACAAGCAUCAGCACCACAACGAGCACAAGCACGACCACCACAACGAGCACAAGCACGAUCACCACCAUCACCAAGAGCACAAGCACGAUCAUCACCACGGGCACAAGCACUCGCACCACCAGGAUCACAAGCAUAGCCACCACAACGAGCACAAGCAUGAUCACCAUCACGGUCAUUCUCAUCACAACGAUCACAAGCAUCAUCACGGUCACAAGCACGAGCACAAGCACCACCAGAGUCACAAGCAUGACCACAAGCAUCACCACAAGAGCCACCACAAGCAUCAACAUUCCAAGCACUAG